AUGACCGCAACAAACCCCUUCUCCCAAAUAAAUUUCACGAGGUUUUUAGGACAAGCUUUAAUUCUAUCUGUUCUUAUUCUGGUCGGCUAUCUACUACAAAAUGAAAUAAAGAGGCAUCGAGGUAAAAUCAAACAUGUUCCUGGUCCUCUUGGGUGGCCUGUGGUUGGCAACCUUUUCCAGAACCAAGACCAAGUCCCAGCAGAAACAUACCGAGUCUGGGCAAAGAAGUAUGGGCCCGUGUUCCAGAUACAGCUAGGAAAUACCACGGCUGUUGUCGUCAACACUGUAGAGUCUGCCAAACAGCUAUUUCUCGGACAACGCCAUGCGAUGAAUUCUCGACCAACCUUCUAUGUAUUCCAUGGAAAGGUCAGCAAAGCCGUUACAAGUAUCGGCACCAGCCCAUGGGACGACUCCUGUAAACGUCGCCGCAAGCUUGCAGCUGGGGCAUUGAAUCGUCCACGGGUAGAAAGCUACGCGCCUAUCUUGAAUUUGGAGGCACGGGAGUUUCUCAAAGACCUAUACGAAGAAUGCUGUGGUGGUUCGGUGGAUCUCGACUUCCGUCCGGCUGUCAGGCGCUUUGCCCUCAAUCUUAGCCUGACGCUCAACUAUGGGACAAGAGCCUCCCAUGUCAAGUCCCUGGAGGAAGAUCCUCUAUUUUCCGAGAUAAUUUAUGUCGAAUCCGAGAUCUCAAAACUUCGCGACACAGGAAAGAACUACACUAACUACAUACCCUUGCUGCGAUACUGGGAGCCGAUUGCUAGUGUGGUAGGUUUACAGUCCACACCGACGAAUCACGCUGGGGACAUUGGCCGUCGAAGAUUGGAAUACAACGACAUACUCCUCAGCCGACUAAAAGACGAGAUUGCUCGGGGUAAAGACAAGCCCUGCAUUCAAGGCGCUGUUCUGAAAGACCCUGACUCGGCAACCCUUACGCGAGAGGAGUUGAUCAGUGUGAGCCUCAGUAUGAUGGCAGGCGCCGACUCGAACCAGCCUACCUUGGCUUGGGCUAUUCUUCUACUUGCACACCGCCCUGAUAUUCAAGACAAAGCAUAUGCCGCCAUCCAAGAUGCUGGUGUUCUACAGCAAUCAUCCAACACAUAUGCUUCUACAAAGAUUGACUACAUAGAUGCACUGACAAAAGAGAUCUCGAGAUACUUUGUCGUCUUGAAGCUCGCGCUACCGAAGGCGACAUACGCUGAUGCUACCUGGGAGUCCGCCACGAUUCCGGCCAACACUCUGGUUUUCUUGAACAGCUGGUCAUGCAACAGAGGUGACUUUGCCACAACUCAGAUGAAGUGUCAUAUUAGACUGACCGCCAAGCCAGACCCUGACCUAUUCAAGAAGCCCGAAGUAUUCGCCCCUGAGCGUUGGCUUCCAGAUGCACCGGAUCAAUACGCGCAUCAAUUCGCCUUCGGUAUGGGGGGCAGAAUGUGUGUAGCGUCUCAUCUUGCACACAGUGCCUUAUACACAGCCUUUUCGCACUUGAUCGCCCGAUUCAAGAUCUUGCCUGCAGACGGUAAGGAUUCUGUGGAGAUCGAUCCGAUUAAAGGACUUGAUGGCCUCUCGUUUGUUGCCAAACCGAAAGGUUUCCAGGCUAAGUUCGUUCCAAGAGAUGGAGCACGAUUGGAGGGUUGGUUGAAAAACCCUGAUGAGUGCUUGUGCAAGUCUCCGUGA